AUGCUUAAACUACUAUUAAACUGCAAAGCCGAUAAGCAUGCCAACAAUCAGGCUGGUUGGACGGUAAUGGAUGUAGCACAACAACAACGUAAUAGGGAAAGCAUUACCAUUCUGCGUGGUUGCUUUAUUCCAGAAGUUGCAAACUUUAAAUGUAAAUUGGAGAAACAAAUCGUCAAGCAUGUGACAAAGGCCUCAUCACUAAUUUUUCACAAUAUGGAUAAUAUAUCAGGCGAGGACCGCAAUGCCUUACUAGUAAUUUUAGGACUACUUCUAGCUGCAACUUACCAAGCCAGUCUAAGCCCCCCUGGUGGUGUUUGGUGCCCUAGGUCCGGCCAGCACUCGUCGCCGUCUGUCGCGCCCUCCGCCGCCGGCGCCGUCGCUCCAGCCACCGUACACGGUGGCCGGAAAUCGCUCGCAAACGGUGGUGGUGGUGCCACUAGCACUGAGGCAGUGGUUGGAGUCAGAAGACCCUAG